CCACGCUUGUACUUUAAGAGCCAUGAAAGCGAGACGUUUGAGGACAGUCACAAACAUGCCCUCCUUCAGACCACAUUGGCGUCUUCCAGCUCUGUUGAUUUGGAUUCUCCAAACGCUCCUUCCUGUUUGCCGUGGAACAGAAUCUCCAAGAAUAACGCUGGAGAACACCGUCUUUGUGGCCUUCACGGGCGAACAUAUCCACCUUCCCUACCAGCUCCAUCUGCCACCUCACUCGGCCAAUGAGAGCUUGAUAUGCUUCGACCCUCUUCACAGGGGGGUUUUCAGACGCGUCUUCACCAGCGCCCACCAUGCGCGCACCAUCAGCAGCUCAAUGCUGGUGCGGGCGCUGCAGACUGGAGAAUAUCACUGCCAGUAUAAUGUGGCCAGAGCUUACUGGUUUGUGCGCCUGCGAGAUGAAGGUUACAAAGAUGUGCUCACAGUGGACUACACGGACUUUGUAACCGUGGGCUUCUUCAACGCGGUGUUGCUGCUCCUCAGUGUGGUCGGCUCCGUGUAUGUCUUCAGAGGAACUUGGAAGACAAAAGUCCCUGAGUGUGGCAAUCAAAGCCCGGGCGGAAAGCAGAAGAAAGAAGUAGGAGUGGCAGAGACGCCUGAGGAUGACAACACGGAUGUAAAAAUAACUUCUUCCACGUCCCUCUAUGCUACCCUGGAGCCACGACCUGGGUCUGUCUACGACGUGCUCAAUGUGGACUCCCAGGACAGGAAACCUGCGCUCAAGCCAAAGACGGGCCAGAAACCGAUGGCACAAAGCCCACAAGCGCAGGACCAAGGCGUGUUCGAGUCCGUCUACGAGAACUUCUGAUCCUGGAACCUCACUGAUUGUCAUCGCAGCCCAUGAAACACCUUCAAAAUAUACAUAUGACUUUGUGUAUGAGUGCAAUUUAAAUGCGUCUACAAUGCAGGCGCAAUCACAAUAGCCUAUACAAGAGGUGUCCAAAGGGCCCCCAGCUAAUUUUUUAACAUUCUGAAAACACUAUUACAGGAAAAAAGGUGAACUGUAACCAGAAAAAGUUGCAAUGUUGACUCAGGUAACACAAAGCUUCUUUAAAACUGCCAUUGCUCAAAAAAAAAAUAAUGAAUCAAAAUCAAUGUGGUUAUAAAUUAUUGAUCUAUUCAAA